CAUCUGGUGUCUCCAAUGACAAAACAAGACUUAUCUAAGUGCUCACACACAAUUUCUGAAAUAAGAAAUUAGAAUAUAAUUUAUUUUUUUUAUUUUUUUUUUUUUUUCCCUGCUAACAUGAACAUCUAAAUUGCAUUCAAAUACUAAGGACAGAGGUGGGGGAAAGAACAUUUACAGGUUUUUUAAUUCAGGAAUCAUAAAAUGAAGUAUUUUCAUGUCUAGUUACAGCUAACGUUAACAACAGACCUGAACAAAUCACAAAACCAUAGAAUGGUUUGGCUUGGAAAAAAACCCUUUAAAGAUCAUCUGGUACAACCCCGCCAUACCUUCCUCCAGAAGGUAUGCUCAGGACCACACCCAGCCUGACCCUGAACACUUUCAGGAAGUGGGCAUUUUUGUACCAAGCAGACAAAUACAAUUAUAUUUUCCAUCUUUAUCUGGGCAUUUGCAUAUUUUAUUAGCAGCUCAGGCAAAAGAUGUGAAUAAUAUGCACCUUGAUGUAUGCCAGUUUAUUAUUUUUUUCUUCAGAAAACAGUUCUUAGUCAGUUUUGUAGUUAAUGCUUGCUCCAGUUUUGCAGUUCUUCAUGACUUUCAGUGCAACCUUUGCAGAAAUAGGCCAUUAUUCAGGAAGUAUUCUGAGGACAGUGACAAUCGACACCUUAUAUCUUAUGAUUCUAAUGCUAGCUUGUUUACUUAAAAACAGUAUCACAUUAUAUAGGUAGCUGAAUUAGUAAAUGACAUGUCUCCAGCACAGAUAAGGUUAAGUAUUUUCCUUUACGUAAAAAAGAAGGUUAUUGUCAGGAGGAAGUGGUGAUAAUUUCAAUUGAACUUCGUACCUUUGACUAAUGCUGUCUAUUGAGGCUGAUUGUAAAUGUGCUUGAGACAGCCACAAAAGGAUGUAACAGAAUCACACAUCCUCGUCAACCUGAUCUUCUGACCAUUUUCAAAUCUGAAAUCCUCGGAAAGCAUUUUGUACUUCUUUUCCACAUAUAUGUCUAUAACCUUUUCAGAAGUGUACUGGCAAAAUGAAUAUUACAGAGUCUAGUAUCACAGAUUAUCUGUAUGAUUCAGACUAUGCUUCUCUAAUUGCACAACCCUGCUCUAAGUGGGAAGUAAGGAUCUUCACAAAAGCAUUUCUGCCAGCUGCAUACUCGUUGAUUUGUAUCAUCGGCCUAGUUGGUAACAUCUUUGUAGUGAUGACCUUUGCUUUGUAUGAAAGAACCAAGUCCAUGACAGAUGUUUACCUCUUCAACAUGGCCAUUGCGGACAUACUGUUUGUUCUCACCCUCCCACUGUGGGCAGUGAACUAUGCUGCUGACAAAUGGAUUUUCGGUAAUUUCAUUUGCAAAAUGGCCAGAGGUAUCUAUGCGAUCAACUUCAGUUGCGGCAUGCUGCUUUUGGCCUUUAUCAGUGUGGACCGGUACAUUGCCAUCGUACAGGCAACAAAGUCAUUUAAGCUAAGGGCAAGAACACUUGCAUACAGUAAACUGAUUUGUUUGGCUGUGUGGGUAUCAUCAAUUUUAAUUUCCAGUUCCUCUUUUCUAUACAGUGAAAGUUACAGCUUCUCCACCAACGAAACCAAAGAGAUUUGUGAUCACAGAUUUGACAAAAUGGCUGAAAGCACUAUGCUGAAAUCACUGCUGUUGUGCCUACAAGUUGGAUUUGGAUUUUUUUUACCUUUCAUAUUUAUGUUCUUUUGUUAUACAUUCAUAAUCAAGUCCUUACAACAAGCUCAGAAUUCCAAGAGAAACAAAGCAAUUCGUGUGAUUGUAUUAAUUGUAGCUGUUUUCCUGGUUUGCCAGGUACCCUAUAACAUUGUUCUCCUUGUGGCAGCUGUAAAUAUGGGUAAGAUGGACAAAUCUUGUGACUCUGAAAAGGCAAUGGCCUAUGCAAAAUACACCACUGAAGCCAUAGCAUUUUUACACUGUUGCCUGAACCCUGUGCUCUAUGCAUUUAUCGGAGUGAAGUUUAGAAGUUACUUUGUGAAGAUAAUGAAGGACCUAUGGUGCAUGAGACACAAGAAAUACAAUAAACGUGGUUCAAGGACAAAUUCUGAUAUUUAUCAUUCAAGACAGACUAGUGAAAUUCUGACUGACAAUGCAUCUUCUUUUACUAUAUAAUACAAUUUGAAAAACAUUAUUACUGAAGGACUCUGCUCACCAAACAACCCAAACCAGCCUCACUAUACCUGUGGUAGCCAGUCUUCUGGGUGUCUCUGCACCUCAAAGGGAGCUCUCAUGACCUACAACUCCUUUCAGGAAAACAAUUAAAAUAAAAUAACAACACUGUCCUGUGGAAAACUGAAGUCUGAUUCACCUCUCUUAACAUUUGUGCUCUUCUAAAGGGCACUCUUGUAGAAUUAUUAAAAGUGAAUUUUACAGAGGAAUGCUUCUUGUUUUUAAUAAUAAUAAUAAUUUAAAAAAAAAAGUUCUACAUCACUGAAAUAUCUCAAAAGUACUAAGUAAAUGAAUCAGUCUAUGUCCCGGCUCAUUCUAUUUACAUUGAUGUUGUUGCUAUUAACUAUUUUUACUUGGAAAUCUUAUUUAAGUGUAGGUCUCCACGGUGCUUUUGCUGCAGGUCACUUUAUAAUGCCAACCUAAAAUAUGGCAUUUUGAGCAAAGUAUGGCAAGCAGAGCUAACAUAGAAAUGAAGAAACAAACUCAAGGAUUCUGGAAUAGGUGGGCUUAGGUAUCAGGUCUCAUAAAUCUUUGCCCAGUUCUAUGCUCCACCUGUUCAUCUGGAAUUGCAGAAGGUUAUGCCAAAGCUGAGACUGGUUAAAGUCAACAAAGACAUGCCUACUAAAGACAAUGUUACAAUAAAUAAAUAACACAAAAUAAAGAGAGCUUUGCAACGUGCACAGAAAGAUUUUCUGAAAUCUCCUUAGACUAUUUUCUGAACGGAGAAAGCAGCUUUAGCUGAGAUAUUCUUCCCUUCAUUUGGCACUAGAUUCCAGUUCUGCCUUCAGCUGAAGCUGAUCAGCUUGUGAACAUUUCUGUGUGUUGUUUUUUCUUUAUCUUGUUAUUUUUUUCUUUCUAGCUGAAUUUCACACUCCAUUUUCUAGAAGCUAGAAAACUGAACAGAAAUGUAAU